AUGAGCGCCGGCGAGAGCCGGGAGCCGCCGCGCCCGGCCGAGGUGCGGGUGCCCAUCACGGCGCUGCCGGCGCCGCGCCGCCCCGCCGAGCAGCCGCCCGAGGAUGCCGGCAGCGGCUCCGGCAGCGGCUCCGGCAGCGGCUCCGGCUCCGGCAGCGGCUCCCCCGGCCGAGAGCCGCCCGCCGAGCUGGGCUCCGAGGAGGAGGAGCAGGUGCCUUACCCGGCGCUGGCACCCACCGCCUUCUUCUGCCUCAAGCAAACCACCCGCCCGCGCAGCUGGUGCCUCAGGCUGGUCUGUAACCCCUGGUUCGAGCACGUCAGCAUGCUGGUGAUCCUGCUCAACUGCGUCACCCUGGGCAUGUUCCAGCCCUGCGAGGACGUGGAGUGCCAGUCGGAGCGCUGCACCAUCCUGGAGGCAUUUGAUGACUUCAUUUUUGCCUUCUUUGCCGUGGAAAUGGUCAUCAAGAUGGUGGCCCUGGGCAUCUUCGGGCAGAAGUGUUACCUUGGAGACACCUGGAAUCGCCUGGACUUCUUCAUCGUCAUGGCAGGGAUGAUGGAAUAUUCCCUGGAUGGACACAACGUCAGCCUCUCCGCCAUCCGCACCGUGCGCGUCCUGCGCCCGCUGCGCGCCAUCAACAGGGUCCCAAGCAUGAGGAUCCUGGUCACGCUGCUGCUGGACACUCUGCCUAUGUUAGGCAACGUCCUCCUGCUCUGCUUCUUCGUCUUCUUCAUCUUUGGGAUUGUCGGGGUCCAGCUCUGGGCAGGGCUGCUGAGGAACCGGUGCUUCCUAGACAGGAAUUUUGCCAUGACGUACAACCUGACCUUCCUUCACCCCUACUACCGGCCGGACGAGGCGGAGGAGAACCCCUUCAUCUGCUCCUCGCACCGGGAGAACGGCAUGCAGAGGUGCUCCAACAUUCCCAGCAGGAAGGAGUCCAAGGUGGAGUGCACCCUGAGCAUGGAGUCCUACAGCCCCAGCCUGGCCAGCCCCGAGCCCAGCAGGAACUCCUGCAUCAACUGGAACCAGUACUACAACAUCUGCAUGGCCGGGGACGUCAACCCCCACAACGGGGCCAUCAAUUUUGAUAAUAUUGGAUAUGCCUGGAUUGCUAUUUUUCAGGUGAUAACCCUGGAAGGAUGGGUGGACAUCAUGUAUUAUGUGAUGGACGCACACUCUUUUUACAAUUUUAUAUAUUUUAUAUUGCUUAUCAUAGUUGGCUCUUUCUUCAUGAUCAACCUGUGCCUGGUGGUGAUCGCCACCCAAUUUUCGGAGACCAAGCAGCGGGAGAACCAGCUGAUGCAGGAGCAGCGGGCGCGCUACCUGUCCAACGACAGCACCAUCGCCAGCUUCUCGGAGCCGGGCAGCUGCUACGAGGAGCUGCUCAAGUACAUCUGCCACAUCUUCAGGAAGGUGAAGAGAAGGACCAUCCGCCUCUACAACAACUGGCAGAGCAAACGCCGCAAAAAGGUCAACCCCAACAGCGGCGGCGGGCAGAGCCAGCGCGGCAGGAGGAGAAUCACCUCCAUCCACCACCUGAUCCACCACCACCACCACCACCACCACCACCACUACCACAUCAGCAACGGGAGCCCGCGGGGGCCUCGCGCCAACCCCGAGCUCUGCGAGCUGGAGCUGCAGGUGAUGAAGCCGGGCCGGCAGCUGACGCUGCCGCCGCCCGCCUCGCCCAGGCCGCCGGGCCCCGCCGUGCACAGCAUCUACCACGCCGACUGCCACGUGGAGGGACCUCCCGGCGCCUGCAGGGCCACCAGCAGCCCGGCGGGCGGCAAAGCGGCCGGGCUGGGCGGCCACGGCAGCAUGAACUACCCCACCAUCCUGCCCUCCCCCGGUGGCAGGGGCGGCCCGGCGGCGCUGGCCAAAGGGAAGAGGAGCGGGAGCUCUCCGGUGGCCGCGGGGAGCAGCCCGGGGAACCUGGGCCUGGAUUCCUACGGGAAGCUGCAGCAGCUGGUGGGAGAGCAUGCUCUCCGCCGGACGCCCAGCCGGCUGUCGGGGCUGAGCGCGGCCGGGGCUCUGCCCAGCGCUGGUGGCCCGGGGCUGAGCUGCGAGCUGCAGGACUGUCCCUUCUGCGCCAGCCUCCUGGACGACCCCGAGUUCGCCCUCAGCGACUCCGACAGCAACGGCGACUCCGACAGCAACGGCGUCUACGAGUUCACGCAGGACCUGCGGCACGGGGACCACCGGGACCAGCUGCAGCAGCAGCGGGGCAGGAGGAGGAGGAAGAAGAAGAAAGCCAAGGAGAGGAACAAGGUGGUGAAGCUCUGGAAGGCGUUCGGCACCAAACUCAAGAGGAUUGUGGAGAGCAAAUACUUCAACCGCGGGAUCAUGAUCGCCAUCCUCAUCAACACCCUCAGCAUGGGCAUCGAGUACCACGAGCAGCCAGACGAGCUGACCAACGCCUUGGAGAUCAGCAACAUCGUCUUCACCAGCAUGUUUGCCCUGGAGAUGCUCCUGAAACUCCUGGCCUUUGGCAUCUUUGGCUACAUCAAGAACCCCUACAACAUCUUUGACGGGAUCAUCGUGGUGAUCAGUGUCUGGGAGAUCAUCGGGCAGUCGGACGGGGGCCUGUCCGUGCUCAGGACGUUCCGGCUGCUCCGCGUGCUGAAGCUGGUGCGCUUCAUGCCUGCCCUGCGCCGCCAGCUCGUGGUGCUCAUGAAGACCAUGGACAACGUGGCCACCUUCUGCAUGCUGCUCAUGCUCUUCAUCUUCAUCUUCAGCAUCCUUGGCAUGCAUCUUUUUGGGUGCAAGUUCAGCCUGAAAACCGACACCGGAGACACCGUUCCAGACAGGAAGAAUUUUGAUUCCUUACUCUGGGCCAUUGUGACCGUGUUCCAGAUCCUGACGCAGGAGGACUGGAACGUGGUGCUCUACAACGGGAUGGCCUCCACCUCCUCCUGGGCCGCCCUCUACUUCGUGGCCCUGAUGACCUUUGGCAACUACGUCCUCUUCAACCUCCUGGUGGCCAUCCUGGUGGAAGGAUUCCAGGCAGAGGGAGAUGCCAACAGGUCAGACACAGAUGAGGACAAGACAUCUGCCAACUUCGAGGAUGAGUUUGAGAAGCUGAAAGACCUCAGAGCAACAGAGAUGAAGAUGUACUCGCUGGCUGUCACCCCCAACGGGCACCUGGAGGGCAGGGGGGCCAUGCCCCCGCCCAUCAUCAUGCGCACGGCGGCCACCCCGAUGCCCACCCCCAAGUGCUCCCCACACCUGGAGGCCCUGCACGGCCUCGGGGACUCGAGGAGGGGCAGCAACGCCUCGCUGGACCCCACGGGCUACGACCAGAAGUCCUUGUCCAGCCUCCGCAGCUCCCCCUGCGCCAACUGGGCCACCAGCAGCACCUGGGGCAGCCGCCGCUCCAGCUGGAACAGCCUGGGCAGGGCGCCCAGCCUCAAGAAGAAGAACCAGUCCGGAGAGCGGGAAUCGCUGCUCUCCGGAGAGGGCAAAGGCAGCACGGACGACGACUCGGACGACGCCAAGUCCAGCACGCCGAGCCGGCCCUCGCCGCCGCGCCGGGCGGAAUCCCUGGAGCUGCCCGAGCUGCUGCGGGUGCCCUCGGUGCGCCAGCUCGGCCUCGGCCCCGCCGAGCUCCGCGGCUGCAACGGCAAGACCGGCCACGGCCCCGCCGAGUUCUUCCUCAGGGUGGACGGGCACAAGGAGGACGCGCUGGACUACGAGGACGACGUGGAGGAUAGUUAUUGCUACCGGAUCCGCAAAGCCCUGGAGCCCUACAAACCCCAGUGGUGCAAGACUCACGAGGACUGGUCCCUCUACUUGUUCUCCCCACAGAACAGGUUCCGAGUGAUGUGCCAGAAGGUCAUUGCCCACAAAAUGUUUGACCACGUGGUGCUGGUCUUCAUCUUCCUCAACUGCAUCACCAUAGCUCUGGAGAGACCCGACAUCGACCCCCUGAGCACGGAAAGGAUAUUCCUAAGUGUCUCUAAUUACAUCUUCACUGCCAUCUUCGUGGCUGAAAUGAUGGUUAAGGUGGUAGCUCUUGGCUUUUUCUCUGGGGAGAACACGUACCUGCAGAGCAGCUGGAACGUCCUGGACGGAGUGCUGGUCUUUGUCUCCAUCAUUGACAUCAUUGUGUCCAUGGCAUCAGCAGGAGGAGCCAAAAUCCUGGGAGUCCUUCGUGUGUUGAGGCUCCUGCGGACCCUGAGACCUCUCCGAGUCAUCAGCAGAGCCCCAGGUCUGAAGCUGGUGGUGGAAACCUUGAUCUCUUCCUUGAGGCCUAUUGGGAAUAUUGUUCUCAUCUGCUGUGCUUUCUUCAUUAUCUUUGGUAUUUUAGGGGUCCAGCUUUUUAAAGGCAAGUUCUACUACUGUGAUGGCCCUGAUGUCAAAAAUAUCACCACGAAGGCUGACUGCACCAACGCUCACUACAAAUGGGUCCGGAGGAAGUACAACUUCGACAAUUUGGGGCAGGCCCUGAUGUCCCUGUUUGUCCUCUCCUCCAAGGACGGCUGGGUGAACAUCAUGUACGACGGGCUGGACGCCGUGGGCAUUGACCAACAGCCCAUCCAGAACCACAACCCUUGGAUGCUGCUCUACUUCAUCUCCUUCCUGCUCAUCGUCAGCUUCUUCGUGCUCAACAUGUUCGUGGGGGUGGUGGUGGAGAACUUCCACAAGUGCCGGCAGCACCAGGAGGCGGAGGAGGCGCGGCGCCGGGAGGAGAAGCGGCUGCGCCGCCUGGAGAAAAAGCGCAGGAAAGCCCAGCGCAGGCCCUACUACGCUGACUACUCGCCGGCCAGGAGGUACAUCCACAGCCUGUGCACCAGCCACUACCUCGACCUCUUCAUCACCUUCAUCAUCGGCGUCAACGUCAUCACCAUGUCCAUGGAGCACUACAACCAGCCCAAGUCCCUGGAUGAAGCCCUCAAGUACUGCAACUACGUGUUCACCAUUGUCUUUGUGUUCGAGGCGCUGCUCAAGUUGGUGGCCUUUGGUUUCCGGAGGUUUUUUAAGGACAGGUGGAACCAGCUGGACCUGGCCAUAGUCCUGCUGUCCAUCGUGGGGAUCACGCUGGAGGAGAUCGAGAUGAACGCUGCCCUGCCCAUCAACCCCACCAUCAUCCGCAUCAUGCGGGUGCUCCGCAUAGCCAGAGUGCUGAAACUGCUGAAAAUGGCCACGGGCAUGAGAGCUCUGCUGGACACGGUGGUGCAAGCCCUGCCCCAGGUAGGGAACCUUGGCCUACUUUUUAUGCUCCUGUUUUUUAUCUAUGCUGCCCUGGGAGUGGAAUUGUUUGGCAAGCUGGAUUGCAGUGAGGAGAAUCCCUGUGAAGGCCUGAGCCGCCACGCCACCUUCACCAACUUCGGCAUGGCCUUCCUCACCCUCUUCAGGGUGUCCACAGGGGACAACUGGAACGGGAUCAUGAAGGACACGCUGCGGGAGUGCACGCGGGAGGACAAGCACUGCCUCAGCUACCUGCCCGUCAUCUCCCCCGUCUACUUCGUCACCUUCGUCCUCAUCGCCCAGUUCGUGCUGGUCAACGUGGUGGUGGCAGUGCUGAUGAAGCACCUGGAGGAGAGCAACAAGGAGGCCAAGGAGGACGCGGAGAUGGACGCCGAGAUCGAGCUGGAGAUGUCCCGAGGGGGCGGCGGGAGCCGGGCGCUGCACGGGAACCUGGAGCACGCCAAGGGCAAGCAGCAAGCCCUGGGCGCUGCAGCCUCGCUGAGGGCCCAGGACUCCCAGAACCUGCUGGCGGUCCGGAAGAUCUCCGUGUCCCGCAUGCAUUCCCUGCCCAACGACAGCUACAUGUUCCGGCCCGUGGCGCCGGCCGCCGCCCCGCUGCCCCUGCACGAGGUGGAGAUGGAAACCUACCCCUGCAAAGCCCAAAGAGGAUCCAUCACCUCCAUCCGCUCCCAGCCCGUGGCUGGCAGCUCCUCGCUGAGGGUGCCCUCGGAGGCGCUGCCGGCGGCCGCGCGCUGCCCCGGCCGCGAAGGGCGGCAGCGCUGGAGGGGCCCGGCGCCCCACGGCACCCCCCGAUCUCCUGCCCUCAGCAAGCUGCUCUGCAGACAGGAGGCCGUUCAGACGGACUCGGUGGACGGACAGACUCCAGAGCGCAAAGACAGCCUGCAAGCAGAGCCUGGAGAGCCUCAGCCACCAGCAAAGCAGCCCCCGAGCAGCCUCACCUCCAGCCCUCUCCAUUCCCCGCUCCCGGCCACCCCUCCACGCUCGCCCCCAUCCUCCCCACACCGGCCCCUCGGCGCCCUGGCUCGGAAGCACACGUGUGGCCAGCACGGCGUUCCCAGCCGGCCACCCAGCCCCACCGAGGGCUGCCAGGGCGAGCCCUCGGACCUGGCUGACGAGGAGGUUCGGCACAUCAACAGCUCGGCCAAAGACUGGGCAGAGGAGCGCUCGGACCCCGGCAGCCGCUCCACCUCGCCCUUCGCCUCCCCGGCCCCGUCCCCCGCGCCCCUCAAGAACUGCAGCACAAGCAGCCUCUCCCGCAAGGAGAAGGACUUGAAGAAGUUCUACAGCACCGACAGCAAGGGCUUCCUCAGCAAGCCCAGCUGGGCCGACGAGCAGCGGCGGCACUCCAUCGAGAUCUGCCCCUCGGGCAGCGCCCCGGACCGCGGCUUCCAGGAGCCCGCCGAGGACAAGCAGCGGCUCCCCGGCCACGUCCCGCCGGAGGCCGAGCACAUCCACGGAGCCCGGAGGAAGAAGAAGAUGAGCCCGCCCUGCAUUUCUAUAGAUCCUCCCAUGGAGGACGACGGAGCAGCGGCCCCACGCAGCAAAGCCUCCGAGAACACCCUGCUGCGGAGGAGAACCCCGUCCUGCGAGUUCCCGGCCUACCGAGAAUCCCUGGAGCUCCCGGAGAGCCGAGGGGAGCACCUUGGCAUCCCCAACUUCUCCUUCGAGCAGCUGGACGGCGGCUCCUUGAGCAGCCUCUCGGAGCUGCUGGACAGCGCGCAGUCCACGCCGGCCUCCGUGGGCUCGCGGCCGGACGCUGAGCUGCAAAAGCAGGAGCACCUCCAAACUGAGAGGGGCAAAGAGCUGCUGGGCACCGCUGCCAAGAGCCCCCUGCGCAAGCAGGGCUUGGGGCCCGUGACUGCUGCCACAGGAGACGGCGCGGGUGACCCCGUAUAGCUGCUGGGAUGGGGGACAGGGGGGUCUCAAGGGCUUGUCACCAACCUGGGGGUGGCUCGUCACCCCGGCCGUCCCCUCCCUGCGGGCACUCGUUGGGAAGCGCUGUGGAAGUUUGCAAAAAAAAAAAACCACACACACACACACACACGCAUGAGAAAAUGGGAAAGAAACCCGAACGAGCGCGGCUGGAUGAAACUGGGGAUGGGGUUUUGGGGGGAUUUGGAGAGAGGUUUUGGGGUUUCUUUUCUAAGGGGAAGGUGGAGUUGAUGCAGGGGUGGCUUCGUUCCUCCCGCCCCGCUACGUGGCCUCGAUCACAUUGAUUCAGGUCUGGUUGGGAUUUGGGGGGAUUCUCUUGGGGUUUUGUUGUUUUGUUGAGUUUGUUUUUUUGGUUUUUUUUAUUUUUUUUUAUUUUAAAGAUGCUCAACUUUUCCUGAGGCACCUU